AAGCUCGAUACGCACCGAGCCUAACCGGUUCUCUGGUGUUUGUAGGACGAGGAGGAGGCAAAGAUGUCGGAGCGAAAAGUUUUAAAUAAAUACUACCCACCGGACUUUGACCCAUCAAAGAUCCCCAAACUCAAGCUCCCCAAAGACCGACAGUACGUGGUGAGGUUGAUGGCCCCCUUCAAUAUGAGGUGUAAGACGUGUGGAGAGUACAUCUACAAGGGGAAGAAGUUCAACGCACGCAAAGAGACGGUGCAGAACGAGGUCUACCUGGGCCUGCCCAUCUUCCGCUUCUACAUCAAGUGCACCCGCUGCCUGGCCGAGAUCACUUUCAAGACAGACCCCGAAAACACAGACUACACCAUGGAGCAUGGGGCCACACGGAAUUUCCAGGCUGAGAAGCUCCUGGAGGAGGAAGAGAAGAGGGUGCAGAAGGAGAGGGAGGACGAAGAGCUGAACAACCCCAUGAAGGUGCUGGAGAACCGGACCAAGGACUCCAAGCUGGAGAUGGAAGUGCUGGAGAACCUGCAGGAGCUCAAGGACCUGAACCAGCGCCAGGCGCACGUGGACUUUGAGGCCAUGCUGCGGCAGCACCGGCUGUCGGAAGAGGAGCGGCAGAAGCAGGAGCAAGAGGAGGAUGAGCGGGAGAUGGCGACCUUAUUGGAGGAAGCCAGGAACCGAAGGCUGCUUGAGGACUCAGACUCAGAGGAUGAUGCUGUGCCUGCCCCGCCCCGGCCAGCGCUGUGGCCCAGCCCCACUGCCAUCCUGGACGAGGCCCCUAAGGCCAAGAGGAAGGUGGAGAGCUGGGAGCAGAGCAUCGGCAGCCUCGGCAGCCGGCCUCAGCUGUCCGGCCUGGUCGUGGUGAAGAAGAGGAAGACAGAGCGGGAGCACAGCGCCGGGCAGGGCCAGGCAGCAGCCGCCCUGGGUGCCCUUCAGAGCAGGAAAGCAACUGACCCUGCACCCCCGACACCUGGUGCCUCCUCCCUGAGCCAGCUGGGGGCCUAUCUGGACAGUGAUGACAGCAGCAGCAGCAACUGAGCCCCGCCCAAGCCCUUCAAGGUCAGGGGUCUCAGGUCCAGCUUCAACCGUACCAGGAGAGCUGGUGGUCAGGGCAGGAGGCCUUGGCACCAACCAGGGCCACAACCAGGCGAGCACCAGUAGCCACCAAGGCCAGCGGGGCCGGCAAGGGCUUCAGCCUGGGGACUCGGCUUCUCUCCUGUCUCCCCACUAGCACCUUGGGGACCCAAGCUGCCCCUACCCCCACUUGGCACCAUGUUGGGGGCUGCCACAUUCCUGGAGCGCCUCUCAGCUUUCAGCAUGACUCCCUGGUCCUGUCACAGACCGUCCUUGGGAUGUUGGUCGUAUUAUGGGCAUGCAGGUGAGCCCACCUACCCCCAGGUGGCUCCAUCCCUUCCCUCCACAGAACUGUCUGGAAUCAAUAAAAGGAAUCCACCUAGCUGACCGGGCCACUUGCCCUCUGCCAGCAUCUGACAAGGGGGCUGUGGGGUGAGGCCUCUGCUAUCAGGUUCUGGUUCUUCCAGAAGUAUUCACAGCUGCCUCCUGUGUAACCAAGCCUAGGUCUGGGCUUUUGGGCCACAGCGUAUAUCCCGUCGUUUGUGCCAGAGUUCGGUGCUCCUCCCCCUCUGCUAGGGAUGUUGUGUUUGUUCCUGAUAUUUGCUGCCACGCACAGUGUCAGGGCAAACCCUCCUAUGAGUGUGUCCUCGUGAAUGGGGUCAAGUAUCUCUUUAGGACACCAAAAAAUGGAACUGUGGGCUCGAAGGAGGUGCAUAAUAUUCAUUUUUAACUUCUGGGGCUUUUUUUGGGUUUUGGUGGCUGGCUGGUAUGGGGAUCUGAACCCGUGACCUUGGUGUUAUAACACUGCUCUAACCAACUGAGCUAACCGACCACUGUUAAUUGUAAAGGACACUACGCUUUGCCUUCCAAGGGGCUGGGCUGUUUACACUUUCAGCAAGUGUGGAUCCCUGGCUGGAUAAUCCGUGGGAAUCAAUGCUGGCUGGGAAGUCCUGCCUCCCAGGCAGGGGUAGCCCAGGGGCGGAAGGAGGGCGGGAAGACGGGACAGGAUCAGGGUGAGUGCUCACUUCCGGCGCCUCUUUUCAUUUUAAUUUUGACGUCCUUCCAGACUUACCAAUGAGUUCCAGAACUAGAACAAAGAAUUCUCAUAAUGACCCCUUUCCCACAUUUACUCUUCUCUAUACUGUGUAUACAGUUGUCCCUUGGUAUCCAUAGGGGAUUGGUUCUAGGACACCCGCCAUGCCCCCACAGAUACGAAAAUCUGCGGAUGCUCAAGAAAUGUAACACUGACACAGAACUGGUGUCUAAUCUCCAUCUGUGGUGGUUAUGGUUAAGUUGUGUUCCCCAAAAAAGAUAUGUUGAUGUCCUCGCCCCCAGGACCUCAGAGUGUGACCUUUGGAGACAAGGUCAUUGCAGACGGGAUCGAGUUAAGAUGAGGUCAUUAGGGCUUGUCCUUAUAAAAAGGGGAGAUUUGGACAGACAGACAGACAUGCACAGAAGGAAGACACAGGGAGAGGAUGGCCGUGGGGAGACCAAAGGGGCGGAGACCAAAGGGGCGCAGCCGUGAGCCCAGGAGUGUCCACACCUUGUUGCCCCGACCCCACUUGGAUUUUGGAAUUCUAGCUCUACUGUGAGAGAAUAGAUUUCUGUUGUCCCAAGCCACCCAGUCAAUGGUACUUUGUUGCGACAGCCCUAGGAAACUCAUACACUAUCAAAUCAAAUUCCACCGAUUGCCCCAAUAAUGUUCUUUUGUUUUUGGGUACAGGGAUCUGAACCCUUGACCCUGGUGUCUUCAGCGCCGCGCUCUAACCAACCAGCUUGCCAGCAGCCCCCCCCAUAACGUUCUUGAUGGCAACGGGAACCCCAAGUCAGGCAUCGCGUUCUCUCCUUGCAUCUCUUUUGUCUCUUGUCACCUGAGACGGUCCUCGGCCUUCUGUUGUCUUAUAUGUCACUGAUAUUUUUGAAGAGUCCAGCCAGCCGUGCUGGAGGCUGCCCCUCCAUUUGGGUUUGUCUGGUAUUUCCCAACAAUCAGGUUCAGGUUGCACCUUCCUGGCAGGAGUGUCACAGAAAUGAUGUGUUCUCGGGAGGCCCACGAGGUCGGGUCGCCCUAUUUCUGGUGACUGAACCUUGGUCUGGGUCGUGGUGACGUCCAUAGCUCCCCGUUUUCCUUUUUCAUCCCACAAGAUGGCAAGUGUCCGUGGGGAGGUACUUUGAGAUCAUGUAAACAUCUAACCCUCAUCAAACUUUCACUCGCCAGUUUUACCAUCCGUUGCUGAUUUUCUCUCAAAUAAAUG